AUGGCCUCUCUCGUGGACAGCAACCUCUCUGACUUCGAGAAUAGCAGCGACCUGUCAUGCUUUCUUACUGACGAGGAGGACAGCAGCGGGCUCCUGAAGGCUGCCUCCUCUGGGCAGCACUCCGAGCAGCACCGCAGAGAAGAUCGGAGGGAGGACGAGGAAGAAGAGAAGGAGCGCAAGAGAAGGAGAGGCCGUGGCCGGGUAAGGAGCGAGGCGUUGCUUCAUACCAUACGCAAGACCCGGCGGGUGAAGGCCAAUGAUCGCGAACGCAACCGGAUGCACAACCUGAAUGCGGCCUUGGACGAACUGCGAAGUGUACUGCCCACCUUCCCAGACGACACCAAGCUCACCAAGAUCGAGACCCUGCGCUUCGCUUACAACUACAUCUGGGCCCUUGCUGAGACCCUGCGUCUUGCUGACCAAUGCUUGCAAGGGCCCCCCAAGGAGUUGCUUCUGCCCGCCUACCUCCAUCCUGUCGACUCUCCCAGCUCGGCCAGCGAUGGAGAAUCGUGGAUCUCCAGCGCUUCCCCAGCUGCAGCCUCCUCCUCCUCUUCAUUCUCCCCCCCUCCUUCCUGUUGCUCUUCAUCCCCUCUCUCCAACCCCAGCAGCCCUGCAGCCUCGGAGGACUUUGGCUACGGGAACCCUGACCCCCUCUUCUUCCCUGGUCUGCCCAAAGACUUAGUCCACGGUGCUCCCUGUUUCGUGCCCUAUCGCUAG